UUUUUCUUCUCCGUUGUUUUUUCUUCUUCUCAUCUCCACAAUAGCCCAGUGAUGAACUUUGUUUUAGAGUUCCAUUCAGUCUCCUCUUUUUUUUUUCUUUUCUCCGUUUUUUGCUUUGAUUUGUUAUGAAAAAAUAAUAGAAAAGAUUUUGAAUAAGCUUCAUUUCUUUGGCGCUCUCAAUCAAGAAAGAUAGAAAAAAAAAACAAAAGAAAGAGAGAAAAUAAAAAAGAAAAGCUAAUAUUUGGUGUUGUUCUUGUCUUUUGUGAUUUGUUGUUUUUCCAUUUCCAUCUCAAAUCUCUCUGUGGAAAUUGCCGCCGCCUGAAAAUAAAUAAUCCGCCACCAUGCAUCAUGCCUCCGUCUCCAGUAUUAUCCAGCUCCACAUCAGUCACAGGCCCAUCAUCAUGAGCUGAUGCAUCAAUCCAGCCUGGUCGGCCAGUGCCAGCGCCACAAAGCCAAUGAAGUUUCGGUUAGCUUUGCAAAUCGUAAUGAGAAUCUUGGUAUGCUACAGCUUUCAAGACAACAGCAACAGCAGCAACAACAACAGCUGGCAGCUGCAACAUCAUCUAAUCAUCAGCAGCAGCAACAACAACAACACCAGCAGUAUCAAAACAUAACCCCCAAUCCUAACUGGCUGCCACCGCAAACUAAUAAAAGAGCCCCGGAAGAGAUUGAUGACCAAAGACAGAAUGCAGCAACAACUACAACACUGCAUGGCUAUCGGCCGGAAAGCCAUCAAAUUUCCCAGCAAACAUCCUACAAUAGCUCAUCAGCCGCACAACAACAACAACAACAACACCAGCAAUCUCUGCCUUAUUGCACCAAACACCCGGAGAAUUUCCUCAACAACUCACCGGCCAAUGAUAUCGGUGAUCUGAUGGGGAAUUAUGUGGCCAAGAAAACGUAUAUCACUCCCUUCGACAUACCCUCCCCGCCACCACAACCGGCUGAGCAUAAAAGAUUUUCAAGUGGCCAAUAUGUGGCAAAGGCAACAUGCCCCAGCGGCCCGGGGGAGGCCACAGCAACCUUGUCUGGCGCCAACAGCAGCAUUGGCAACAUAAAGAGCCAUUGUCAGUGUGUGGAGCACAAUGUCAGGGGUGGCAGAAACGGUGGGGGUUGCCAUUUAAAUCAUAAACAUUAUCCGCAAACACAAACACAUCAAAGACCGGCAGCAGGUACAAGCAACAACAUCAACAUCAACAACAGCAGUCUGACAACAUCAACCCAGCAGCAGCAGCAUCGCAAUCAUCAUCACAGCCAUCAUUACAUUGAUGAGCCCCUCAACCGCACCGCCUCCCUUAAAUACAACAAUCCAACCGUUGGCCACCAUCAACAGUAUCCUCAUCACCAACACCACCAACAUCCUCCACCUCCACCUCCUCAUCAUCAGCAGCAUCAGCCACAAUAUCGGAAAAUUGAUGUUUUUGCUGCAGCCGAUGAUGACGACAACGACACCAGUCCCAGCAUAAAGGUACGUGCCAAAAGAGUUGCUAAUUUUUUGUUGUUGUAGUUCCCUCCUCCUCUAAACGCUAAUGUGUUUUUUUCUUGGUAAGUACAAGUGUUGUCUGAUGCCUGUAGGCUUGUUAUGACCAAAAAAAAGAAA